AUGGAGACUAGAGAGGUUCUCGCUCUCCGGAAAAGGCAAGUUCUGAUUCUCUUUGUUUUGCUGAGAUUGUCUCUGGCGGGUCUUGAAUCUAGGCGCUAUUCUGUGGCGGAAGAAAAUGAAAUUGACUCCUUUGUGGCCAAUCUGGCAAGGGACCUGGGGCUGAGGGUGGAGGAGCUUUCCUCACGGGAGGCACGGGUAGUUUCUGAUGAUAAUAAAAAUCAUUUGCACCUUGACUUAAAUACGGGGGACUUGCUCUUAAAUGAGAAACUGGACCGAGAAGAGCUAUGUGGCUCCACUGAGCCCUGUGUACUGCAUUUUCAAGUGUUAUUGAAAAAUCCUUUACAGUUUUUUCGGGCUGAGCUGCACAUCAAAGAUAUAAAUGAUAAUUCUCCUACAUUUCUGGACAAGGAGAUACUUUUGAAAAUAUCAGAAAUUACCACAAUCGGAACCACAUUCCUAAUGGAGAGUGCUCAAGAUUUGGACAUUGGAAGCAACAGUCUCCAAAAUUACACAAUUAGCCCAAAUUCACAUUUCUACAUUAAAAUUAGAGACAGUGGUGAAGGAAAAAUAUACCCAGAGCUGGUCCUGGACAAAUCACUGGAUCAUGAAGAGGAGUCUGAACUCAGAUUAACACUCAUAGCUCUGGAUGGUGGGUCCCCUCCCAGGUCUGGGACAACCAUGGUGCUCAUCAAAGUCUUGGAUAUCAAUGACAAUGCCCCUGAGUUUUCACAAGGGCUCUAUGAGGUGCAGGUGAUGGAGGACACACCCCUUGGUUCAUGGGUGAUCACUGUCUCUGCUAAAGAUUUGGAUGCAGGAAAUUAUGGGAAAAUAUCAUAUACGUUUUUCCAUGCAUCAGAAGAUAUUCGUAAAACAUUUGAAAUCAAUCCAACAUCUGGGGAAGUCCAUUUAAGAGCUCUCCUGGAUUUUGAAGUAACACAAUCCUACACCAUAAAUAUUCAGGCAACAGAUGGUGGGGGUCUUUCAGAAAAAUGCAUUCUUCUGGUUAAAGUAUUGGAUAUAAAUGACAACCCACCAGAAGUCACCAUGUCAUCAAUUACAAGCAGAAUUCCAGAGAACGAAGCAGAGACACUUGUGGCUGUUUUCAGUGUCCGAGACCAAGACUCUGGAGACAAUGGGAGGGUGAUCUGCUCUAUUCAGGAUGAUCUCCCCUUUAUGCUUAAACCGACCUUCAAGAAUUUCUUCACUCUGAUUUCUAAAAAAGCACUUGACAGAGAGAUGAAAGCCGAGUAUAACGUCACCAUCACCGUCACAGACCUGGGUACUCCUAGGCUGAAAACCCAGCACAACAUAACUGUUUGGAUCUCAGAUGUUAAUGACAACGCACCAACUUUCUCCCAAACUUCUUAUACCCUUUUCAUCUCCGAAAACAACAGCCCCGCCCUGCUUAUUGGCAGCAUUAGCGCCACAGACAUAGACUCUGGCACCAACGCUCAAGUUACCUACUCUCUGCUGCCAACACACGACCCACACCUCCCCCUCGCCUCACUGAUCUCCAUCAACGCAGACAGCGGGCAUCUUUUUGCUCUGAGGUCGCUGGAUUACGAGGUCUUGCGAGAAUUUGAGUUCCGCGUGGGCGCGGAAGACGCAGGCUCCCCAGCGCUGAGCAGCGAGGCACUGGUGCGCGUGGUGGUGGUGGACGACAACGACAACUCGCCCUUUGUGCUGUACCCGCUGCAGAACGGCUCUGCGCCUUGCACUGAGCUGGUGCCUAGAGCGGCGGAGGCGGGCUAUCUAGUGACCAAGGUGGUGGCGGUAGACAACGACUCUGGGCAGAACUCUUGGCUGUCCUACCAGUUGCUCAAGGCCACGGAGCCUGGGCUGUUCAGCGUGUGGGCGCACAAUGGCGAGGUGCGCACUACCAGGCUUCUGAGCGAGCGCGAUGUGGCCAAACACAGAUUAGUGGUGCUGGUCAAAGACAAUGGUGAGCCGCCAAUGUCAACCACAGUCACACUGCACAUAGUCCUGGUGGACGGCUUCUCACAACCUUAUCUACCGCUUCCGGAGUUGUCCCCCGACGAGGUCCAGGACAACUCACUCACCAUCUACUUGGUCAUUGCGUUGGCGUCUAUCUCAUCGCUUUUUUUGUUCUCUGUACUCCUGUUUGUCGCUGUGAGACUGUGCAGGAGGAACAGGGCUGCUUUGGUGGGUCGCUCUCUGGUGCCUGAAAUCCACUUUCAGGACCACUUGGUGGAUGUUAGUGGAACUGGGACUCGGUCUCAGAGCUACCAGUAUGAGGUGUGUCUGACGGGAGAUUCUGGGACGAAUGAGUUUAAAUUUCUGAAGCCCAUUAUUCCCAAUCUCCCAGUCUACGAUUCUGAUAGGAAUAUGAGGGAAAGUAUCAACUUCCAGAAUAGCUUUGGAUUCAGUAUUCAAUAA